UCAAACUUAUUUUCAUUAAAACAGAGGCACAAGGAAACUCGAAAAUGGCCUAUUCAAAGGGUCGGAAGUCCGGAGUGCCGUAAUCAUCUCUGCUAGGGGCCAGGAAGAUCAGUUCAAUCCUAAUUCAGCGGCUCUUCGAUAUCCCCUGCAGAGGAACACAAAGAGAACAUACGAGUCACAAAGCGAGGACAUCUUUUUUUGCCUUCAGCGGCUACUGCUCAAUACUCAUGUCAAGAGUGUACAGAAGACAAAUGUCACAAAUAAAAAUAAGAGUUGAAACCUUGUUUCGUCGAGUGCAUAACUUUUGGCCUUCAACUUCCCCUGUAGCAGGAAAUUUCAAGAACAGUAUUUUUAUCCCCUUAGCCAAAUGCGAUAGCGAUAUCAUGUAACAGAUACAGUAUUAGUUUAGUUCUCAAAAGCUUUUAGAAAGCAACACGAACAAAAAGAGAGUGAUAGAUCCUAUUGGUCAGGUCAACAAAGAGUGCGUGCCAUAUAAAGGAACCUUGUUUGUCUUUGAAGUAGUUUAGUUGUGAUUUUCAAACGAAGAACUCAGUCGUCACUAUCGAAACCUGUCGUGAACAUCAUGACGAUGCUGUAUCUGUUUCUGUCGCUUUUCGCCUCCCAGCUCUUCCUGGUGACUUCAUGCGCCAUCAAAAUAGAACAAGUAAAGAACAGAGAAGAACCUCCGUCCUUGGAAGCGAAAAAGGCGAUAUCAGAGUCCUCUGAUCCAAAGACACCAGAGGCACCAUGGACAUAUGGCAAGAGUACUCUAGAGAACACUGAGCAUGCAAAUGAUACCUGCCAAAGGGUUGACUUGUACGUAAACUUCAAUGAACUCGGUUUGACUGAAAACAUCGUCUCACCUCCCGGGUUCAAAGCGUAUCAGUGCAAAGGCAAAUGUUCCUCAACACAGCAGAAAAAGUUUCCCAAUCGCUCGCCUCUCAUGGCUUUGCUAGAGAAAAAGUCAGGGAUUAAAAUUGAUGACGAGGCAUGCUGUGUCCCAACCAAACUGGGGUCGAUAAGUCUUCUUUACAUGAACAAGAACAGCAAAGUCGUUUUGAGGAAUAUUGAUGGUAUGGUAGUCGAAGAAUGUGGUUGUCAGUAAAAGUUCUGGCACUGCCAUUUGAAGCAUAAGUAAAAAAGUAAAAAUAGGCCUGAUGAUUUAAAUAAUAGACACCACUGUAAUUAGAAAUCUCGUGGAAUCUUAAGGGAAAGAGAACACUUGUAGUAGUAGUGUUGUUUGUAACCUCGGUUCAUUUUAAGUCGUUUUCGUCGCAAGUAAUUUUUAAGAAUUACCUUGCUGAAAAGGAACAAAUAAUUUGUAAGGGUUUAGUGGCAUACUAGUUUCUGUUUUUAAUUCACACAGAGUAAAGAGCAUUAUAAUGAAAGCUCAAGAACAGUACUUAGUCUAAUUCGCGUGAAUAAUAUUUGCAUGAAUCGAUUCGUAAAAUGUUAUUCAAAACCACUAGAUAUUCAACGUUUGAAAUAGCUUGGCUGAAAUGAAUGAAGAUUCAGUCCAUUGCUGCUGUAGUAUCACAACAUUUCACAUGUAAGUAAGGUUUUUUAAUUUAAUUAAAAGAGGGGUUCACGGCGA